GAGCAGCUGGUCUACGCAUUAGCAACGGUGCCCAUCAGAUUUUCUCGUGCACCGAAAUACCGUUAUGUCUAGGAGUCUAGCUAACUCUUUGUCCUUGGUAGUGUCUCUAAGAGCGAACGCCGCGGCACCCGCGACGCAGCAACAUCGAACUCGAAUCAUUCUUUUGAUACCGCAUUUGGAGCAAUCAGGUCUCAUAAUGGCAGUAUGCCCUGGUUGAAUUAGACGUGGCUUUGCACAGCUGCCAGCCGCUGCCAGCCGCAGCUCCUUUUUGCCUGUAGCCGGCGGUACAUCGCCAUGAGGCCCCAUCAACCAUUGUCGCCAUCCCCUACUAGUGCAAGAUACACACACGCUCGUGCCAAACUGACAUGGCCACUCUCGACUCCCUAAAAUGGGCCCUUAGGCAGAAAGCCACGGCAACGGCGUCGUCCCCGAAGCAGCCGUUGUCCGACACACAGUACAGUGCUGGCUUCGACAUCCUAGUGCGGGGCUCAGGAUGGAUGACGUACCAAGACUUCAUUAUCCCUCAACUAUCUCAACUACUAGCCCCUAUCUUCAACUCUCGUAUCCAUAUAUCGGCGCUAGAAAUCGGACCCGGCCCAAAGAGCGUAGUUGGAUAUCUGCCCCGCCAUCUAAGACGGAAGCUCAGGAGAUACGCUGCAUUUGAGCCUAACAGCUUGUUUGCUACAAGGUUGGAAGAAUGGCUUUGCUCUACUUCCGAAAAAGAGCCCCCGCUGCCUUGUCUAGAAAGCCCGCCUAACAUCCAUCGAAUUCCUUUCGUUCUGGACAGCAACACAGGGACUGGUACCAGCGCCAGUACGAGUGAUGGUGACGAAAAAUUCGACGUCAUCCUAUUCUGCCACAGCAUGUACGGCAUGAAGCCCAAACACAAGUUCAUUGAACGGGCGCUGGAAAUGCUUGCUAAGCGACCAAAGGGCGGGAUGGUGGUGGUCUUCCAUCUCGACGGGACCCUGCAACUCGACGGCUUAGUGUGCCAUCGAACGGCUUCUUUCCCUACCGGAGUCAUUCGCGUAGCAAAUGACGACGAGGUACUAGACUGUUUUGCUCCUUUCCUCGCGGGGUUUGUCAUACACGAUGUGGAAGUGGACAAGGCUAUCCGAGUCGAGUGGCGCAAGGUGUGCCGCGCCUUGGGCCGUCGUGAGGAAGCUCACCCAGACCAUCUCUUGUUCAGCUUGCCCAAUGUUAUGGCGGCCUUUACCCAACAUGCGACCUCGUUGCCGGAGCUAAUGGCGCAGGUGCCAUUAGUGAAAGGGAACAUAACGGUUAAAAACCGGGAGGCUCGCCUCCACCGGCCCGCCUCGAUUGCUAAGCCGACAGAGGUCCAACACGUCCAACUGUGCGUUCGAUGGGCUCUGAAGCACGGGGUCGGCCUAACCGUCGUCGGCGGGGGUCACAGCGGCCACUGUCUCUGGCCAAACGUCGUCUCGGUCGACAUGGGAGCCUUUGACCAAGUACACAUUCUCACGGCCGGGAAGGAUGGAAGAAAAUCCGGUUCUGAUUCCGGUUCCUUGGUCGUUGCCGAGGCCGGCUGCAAGACAGGGGAUAUCGUCCGCAAGGCCAUGGAAGCGGGCGUGACAGUACCCCUGGGGGCGCGCCCAAGCGUAGGCGCGGGGUUGUGGCUACAAGGCGGCAUCGGGCACCUGGCCAGGCUACAUGGGCUCGCAUGCGACGCCAUCGUCGGUGCAGUGGUGGUCAGCGUCGACUCUAGCCAGGCCCUCUGCAUCGGUCAUGUACCAAGCCAACACCGGCCGGCCGGUGCCGUGAUCCCGGAAAACGAAACCGAUCUGUUAUGGGCGAUGAAGGGCGCUGGGACCAACUUUGGUAUCGUGGUCAGCGUUACUUUCAAGGCUUACACGGCUCCGACCCAUUCGAUUCGAAACUGGGUUGUCCCGCUGAGCAGCAACGUCGAGGCGCGGCUCAGGCUCAGCGAUUUUGAUGAAUUCGUCGCCAGGAAUCUCCCCCGGAACCAUUCUGCAGACGCGUACCUGUACUGGGAUACCGGCCAGCUGCAUCUUGGCGUGACCAUGUUCGAAUCUUCCACGACUGGACUCACCCCUGAGACACCCACGCCCGUAGCAAUUUUGGGGCCGGAAGACAAUUUCGAGGUCGUGGACGGCGUUGGUUUGUUCGAGGCCGAGAUGUACAUGUCCGGGAUGCACGGUGGGCACGGCGGCGGCAAGACUUCCUCGUUCAAGCGAUGUUUAUUCUUAAAACACAUUGGAGCAGUGGACGUUACUGAUAUCUUGGUGGCGGCCGUUGAGACUCGUCCCUCGCCCCUCUGUUAUCUCCAUCUGCUGCAAGGUGGUGGAGCAGUCCGCGAGGUGGCAGCCGAUGCUACUGCUUUCGGCUGUCGAGACUGGGACUUUGCCUGCGUGGUAACGGGAGUCUGGCCCCGCGACCAAGAUGGGACCGAAGUCGCUCGAGCUGCCGUGAGCUGGGUUUACAAUAUCGCCGGGAACUUGUUGCCCCUGAGUAGCGGAGCGUACGGCGCCGACCUCGGGCCGGACCCCCGAGACUCCGCACUGGCGACCAAGGCUUUUGGACCCAACCGGCCGCGGCUGGCCCGGCUCAAAGACAGCGCGGACCCGCACAAUGUUCUGGCUUACUCGUGCCCGCUCCCACUCCCGAAAGCGUCCAUGGAACAGCAGCUCAUCGUUCUUGUUACGGGUGAAAGCUGCGCCGGUAAGGACUACUGCGCCGAUAUCUGGGUCUCCGUGUUUACCACUUGCACCCACAAAAGCCUCACGGCACGUGCAGUCAGCAUUAGCGAUGCGACCAAGCGAGAAUACGCGGUGGCUACCGGUGCCGACCUGGACCGUCUGCUUCGGGACCGUGCCUACAAGGAGCAACACCGGCCAGCGUUAACAGCAUUCUUCCAAGGCCAGGUGCGGCAACGACCUCGGCUGCCAGAGGAGCAUUUUCUAGACGUUGUGUACGGCGCCAGAGAUGUGGACGUGCUGCUUAUUACCGGGAUGAGAGACGAGGCGCCGGUCGCUGCCUUGUCCCAUUUGGUACCAGACAGCAGACUGCUCGAGAUUCGCGUCAAAGCUAGCGAAGAGACGCGGCGGGUUCGCCGAGGGUGCCAUGGCGGUAGUACCGAUGGUAACAACGACGAGGAGAAUAGGGACAGCAACAAUAGUAAGUCGAAUGUGACGGCCUUGGACUACCGACCCAGUCUCAUCUUCGACAACGACACGACCGGAAAAGAGGCGGCAAAAAGGCUUGCCAAAGACUACCUGCUUCCCUACUUCCACGAGGAUCUGCAGCGACUGGCCAGUAUGGUGCGUGCGGUACCCGACUUUCCACGCCCGGGCAUCGAGUUCCGCCACGUGCUCAACAUCUCCCAGCAGCCGGGUGGGUUGGCCCUGUGCACGUCUCUGCUGCAAACUCACUUCGCCGGUGACUGGGCCAAAGUCGACGCGGUGGCUUGCUGUGAGGCCGGCGGCUUUGUCUAUGCGUCGGCGUUGGCCGCGCGGGUCGAUGUCCCCUUGGCGCUGAUUCGCGAAGCCGGCAAGCUCCCCCCACCCACGAUUUCCGUCGUCAAGUCCCCGUCGCAUAUCUCGUCUUCGGUAUCAGAUGAUCCAAGAGAGAAGAGGAUUGAGAUGGCCCGGGAUCUGGUCCCCAGAGGCGCGUCAGUGGUGGUGGUGGACGAUGUGCUUGCCACGGGGAAGACGCUUUGGGCUGUACUACAGCUAUUAGAUGAAGCUGGUAUUGGUCCUGAGAAUAUCAGCGUCAUGACCGUGGCUGAGUUCCCUGUUCACCGUGGCCGGGAACUGUUACGCCAAAACGGCUUUGGCCGAGUCAAUAUUCAAAGCCUUUUGGUCUUCGAUGGUGAUUAAGAAAGGAAGUGAGAGAAUCUUGGUGGAUUUAUAAUAGGAAUGCCUUAUGAUAUAUGUGAUUCGGACGACUUAAAACUUCUGCCCUGUCAUUAUCUUAGUAGACAUGAACGUCUUUCUCUUAGAGUUAGAACUUAGGGAUAAAGGUGAUAUUACGGGCGGAAAUGUCCCCGCUUCGGCUUUACUGAUAUAUGUGCCUUAUUGUCGCCCUGAUGACUUAACGAAUAAUUGGUCUAGUGGCGACGAGGCUGAGCCUCUACUUGCUAAUGUCACCGGCCUCGAAAACUGUAUUUCUGGCUUUAGGAUAAACUAUC